GGCACCGGCACCUUUGGGCGCGUGCGACUUCCGAUGAGCCACGCGACAAACUGCUUCCUCGCGCUGAAGAGGAUGAAGAAGUCCGAGGUGGUGCGGCUGAAGCAGGUGGAGCACAUCCUCAACGAGAAGAGCGUCCUCGCGGAGACGUCGCACCCCUUCAUCGUCGACAUGUACGCCACUACUAUUAUAUAUUAUAUUAUAUUAUGUUAUACUCAGGACGAGAGGAGCCUGUACAUGCUGCUCGAGUACGUGCCUGGCGGAGAGCUCUUCUCCCACCUCCGCAAGGCGGCCGCCAGCUACACCGCCACCCCCCCCACACACAGAGGGGCGUGGCUCGGGCGUGGCUCGGACGCCGUGAUGGCGGUGCAGCACUUGCACGGGAUCGGCGUCGUGUACCGCGACCUCAAGCCGGAGAACCUGCUGCUCGACGGGCGAGAUCCGGCCGAGAUCCGCCGAGAUCCGCCGAGAGAUCCGGCCGCACCUCCCCUCGCCUCCCUCCCUUCUCUCCUCGCCCUCGCCCGCGAGCGCGGCUUCCUCAAGCUGGUCGACUUCGGGUUCGCCAAGCGCGUGGCGGACCGCACCUGGACUCUCUGCGGCACGCCCGAGAUCGCCCGAGAUCGCCCGAGAUCGCCCGAGAGGACCGCACCCGCACUCUUCCGGCGCCCCCUUUUCUUUCCCAGGCACAACUUUGCGGUCGACUGGUGGGCGCUCGGCAUCGCGGGCUACCCCCCCUUCUUUGACGACUCGCCCUUCGGCAUUUACCAAAAGAUCCUCGCGGGGAGGCACGAGUGCCCGCGCCACUUCGAGCCCACCGCCAAGGAGCUGAUUCGCAAGCUCCUCACCGCCGACCGCACAAAGCGCAUCGGCAGCACGAAGAACGGCGGGGGCGCGGAGGAGAUCAAGAAGCAAAAGUGGUACCGCGGGCUCAACUGGGCGGCGCUGUACAACAAGACCAUGGAGCCGUACAUUGCGCCGGACGUGUCCUCCAGCGACGACACUUCGCACUACGAGAAGUUUGCAGACUCGAUCGAGGAGUCGGGUCCGCUCCUCGCCAUUACCAAGGACACCGCUCUCUUUGGGUCGUUUACCGGGGCCUUCGGGUCCAUUUAGCGGGAGCCACAGCUUCAUUUUUGUAUUAGUGUGCGCCCACCUAUUUUCUUCAGACGUGAUGUGUGUGAUUAAAAUGUCCUAGUUAUACGA